UCAACUUUAGGCAGGCACGUCCCUGCAGAGCGAGUGAAACUGCUUUCGGUAGAAAGCAUCUCCUGACCACCCUGCAUGGCGAAGCUCUCGCAUCCUGCGAGAGGCCAGCAGCCCCGCCGCACACGCUGGGAAGCGAGCAGCUGACCCGCGGGAGGACCGAGGCGGCCGCCGGGCGGUCCCACAAUGCCCCGCACGCGCCACCCGGAGGGCGGAGAGAAAGGACCACUGCCGGGGGUGGGCUCCACGGAGGGCUCCGAGAAGUGCGCACGCGCACUGACCUCGGCGGGCCCUAGCAACCAGAGCAGUGACAGUAGCAACGGCCGGAAUGGCAAAAGCAACAACCAUCAAAGAAGCUCUAGCCAGGAAGAGAAAACCAGUCAGAAGCCAUCCGAAGCCAAAGAGAUUAAGCUUUAUGCUCAGAUUCCCCCUAUAGAGAAGAUGGAUGCCUCCUUGUCCACGCUUGCUAAUUGCGAGAAGCUUUCACUGUCUACAAACUGCAUUGAAAAAAUUGCCAACCUCGAUGGCUUAAAAAACUUGAGGAUAUUGUCUUUAGGAAGAAACAACAUAAAGAACUUAAAUGGACUGGAAGCAGUAGGGGACACAUUAGAAGAACUAUGGAUCUCCUACAAUUUUAUUGAGAAGUUGAAAGGGAUCCAUGUAAUGAAGAAAUUGAAGAUUCUCUACAUGUCUAAUAACCUCGUGAAAGACUGGGCUGAAUUUGUAAAGCUGGCAGAAUUGCCAUGUCUGGAAGACCUGGUGUUUGUAGGCAAUCCCUUGGAAGAGAAACAUUCUGCUGAUGGAAACUGGAUUGAAGAGGCCACCAAGAGAGUUCCCAAACUGAAAAAGCUGGAUGGUACCCCAGUAAUUAAAGAGGAUGAGGAAGAAGAUAACUAAGACCACGUUUUCUGCUUUGUGUUAACUUAUUUAAAUGUCAUAAGAAAAAUAGAUAAGUUUUGUAUAAUUGUCUAUUUUAAAGAUUCUGUGUGGGGCAAAAGGUUCUUCAGAUAAAACAAAUCUCUCAUUCCUAUCUUUUUUUUAAACCUAUUGAGUGUUUCUCCCCCCAAACGGUAACACCAACUUCAUAUAUCCUAGUACUUUUUUUAGAAACUCAAGUUCUCAAUUUUUUGUCUUCAGUCCCCCAGUUUUUUGUAGUAUGUGGCCCCGUCUACAAAACUUUUAUAGACCAGUCACUUUUAACAACAAAGAACAACAAAUACCGUUCUUUAUUCAGCUUGGUUAGGGUUUUUUUUUUCAGACCAGGCAUUUAAAUAUAUAUACUUAACUUUUGAAUCUGUAGACCAUCUUUCCUGAAGGUCCAUGUCCUUAUGACUCAGAAGCACAAAUGUGAUAUGCCUUUGGUUUAGAAGGCACCACAGUGACAGGAAGGUUUCCUCUUAGAAGAAAUACAGAGCAGUCCUAGAACAAAGACUCCCAAAGUCCAAUUGGAAAAGCUGUGGUGAAAAAGGAAAAAUUAAUAUCUUGGAGGCCUUAUAGCCCAUGUUAUAUUUACUUAUUUGUUUUUCUAAAAAAUGUGUGCAUUGUCAACUGGAAUUUAGCUUGUGUUUGCAUGCCUGGCCACUUGAGUCACUGUGCACAGUCAGUCAUGCUGUGGUCUGGGUCAGUGGUGAAAAUGACGUCCAUGAUCAUUCCUUUGACCACUACUGUGGUCAUGUUAUUCAUGUGGACCUGACUUUAGGCACACUUUUUGGUUUAUAGUCCCUUAUAUGUUAUAUAAGGGAAUAUAUGUAAACAGUAGUUAUAUUUGAAUUCCUAGUGUAAAUGUUGGCUAUUCAUAUAUAUCAGAAUUUUCUCCAAUAACUUUGUUCUGUUGACCUUCAUGUUGGGAGAAGUGGUUGCUAUAAAUAAGGAUAUAGAACUUAAAAGACUGCAUCUGAUACCUUUCAGUAGAUUAAAUUUAGAAUCUCAAAAUAUAUUUUUAGAAUGUUUCUAAGUUAGACAGCUCUUAAAAUGAAUUAUGUAAGUGAUUACGGAGGGAAAAGAGAAGAGAUAUUUCAUUAUGGGAUCCCAGGCAAAUGGCAAUAUUUUUGGAGAUUGCCUUCUCUAUGAAGCAUGGUAGGUGAUUUAACCUCAAAAUUGCAAAGCAAUAGUUGGAUACAGAGCUUAGAAUUUGUAAGGGAAAAAAAAAAUCCUUUUGGAAAGUACCAGGUAUAGUAGUCAGUAACCAGAGGAAGUUCUUAGCAAGUCAUGACUGAAUCACAGAUUGCAGAAAAGAAGUCAGAGGCGCUCUGCCAAAUUGUGCCUAAAGUCCCUCAAACAGAGACUGAUUCUUAUUUCCCCAUUUACUUGUGUAAAAUCAGCCAGAGGGGAGAGUCAGUUUUUUUUAAAAAGUGAUUGCAUAGUCCUAAGUUUCAGAAAAUUUCAGCUAUCAUUUAAGUGGGAAUUACAUGAUUUCUCUGAGUCACUCUGAUCUAAAGGGACCACUGCUUUGACAAUCAAUACUAAGUAUAAACAGCAAGAGGAAAAAUGAGUCCAACACUUUUUUUAGCUUCCUUUUUGUUCUUCCUCAUAAUCUGACAGGAAGAAAUCUUUACUCUGGCUUAUACAUUCAAAGCCUUUGGGUACUUCUUUUGUGAACUGUAGACAAUGAGUAUUCCCCAUGGUGAUUUUUAAGUCCCCCAAACUAGGAGGGAAGACGAUCUUCUUUGGUUGUAGUUUACACUUCACCCAGUAGGCAAGCUCGAAGCCAUUUUACGAUGUAUGGAUAUAUUUUCAAAAGUUACUCUGGAAGUGAAUGUAAUAGGAAGGGAUGACUUCAUAUUGAAUCUGUAAAAUGGCUUACAGUGUUGAUGUGUGGUUUUCUGAAUUUUAUAAUAUAGAAACUAAUUUUCUCUGCUUCUCCUUGUUUCUUAAUGUCUUCAAUCACUAAUAGUUCUCAAAGAAAUGAAAGGUGCUUUUCUGUGUCCAUUUCACACAAAAUUCAUAUUUAGUUUCAGCAAAUAUUUGAAUGACUUCUGUGCAUCCUUUUCAUGGAGUUAAAACCAGAAUCCAUGCCAUUAGAAAAUGGAAGAUAGGAUGUAGGAGUACGUUCUGAACAUUCUCUCCAAUCAUUCCUUAAAUCAUCCUUUACUGUUGCAAAUUUAGCUGAUAUUAAAUCCCUUUGGUUUAUGGAUUAGAUACUUGACCUACUUGGAAUGGCUUCUCUCUGUGCUCCUGGUUUAAAGCAUUAUGCCAUUUUAGUGGCUCAUUUAAAUUUCUUCUAUUCUCAUAAUGAUGGUAGAGCUCUAAAAUCAGUUCAGUAUUUUAAUUUUUCACAGGUAACUUGAUUUUAGUCUACAAAGAAUUCAACUUUUCUGUGUUCCCUAACUCUAAGCUUAUGGGUAUAUUACCUGGUCAAGACCUUGAAAGGUUUUUGUGUUCUCUGUUCAUAGGAUUUUAUUCCUUUAAAUCAGAGUUUCUCAGUCUUGGCCCUAUUAACAUGUUGGGUUGGAUGAUAUUGUCCUGUGUAUUACAGGAUGUUUAACAACAUAUCUGGCUUCUCCUCAUUAGAUGCCAGUAGAACCCCCUGCUUAGUUGUAACAACCACAAAUGUCUUCAGACAUUACCAUCUGUCCCUUCUGGCAGGGGCAUAGGAGCAAAUCUGCCCCUGGUGAAGAACCAGUGCUUUAUACUAAUAUUCCUUUUGUCCAGGGUGCAUUAUUUUCACUCCGUAGUCACAUAUGCCACCUGAGUUAUUAUAUGCGAGAAGGUGUCGUAUUUAAUAAUCAUGGGUGGAACGAAAAUGUUCCUUGGUGUUUUCCUCUUUGGUAAUGGUCAUUUUAAUAAUUUUCAUAUAACACUAGAAACUCAGGGCUGGAAGGUUCAACUUAUAUUUUUCAGCAGGGUCUCAACUUCUAUUUCUUAGCACUCUUGCUUUUCUUAGGACAGUAAUUAUUAACCUACCUCUCUCUUACUCUAACAGAACUCAACUUUAUGGUAGAUUUUUCUUUAUCUCUAAAGUUGAACUUUUUGAGUGUACUUUUAGAAAAUGGGUCAUUCUUUUAAGUGUUCAUUCUUUAAAUGUUCCUUCAUUGUCCACUAAUGCAUAGAAUUUUCCAGACUGUAGCAGUCAUUAAAUACAGAAAAGUAUUAUAUAAAAUUUGGCAAAAUUUGGCAAUCAGAUGUGAAAGUUAGCUGGUAUAGACACCAAUUUUGAAUGUGAUCAGAGGAAUGUCUGAUCAUGAUAGUUGGUCACUAACUCGGUAUAGUUAUAAGAUACUUAAAUGUGGUUCUUGUGAGGAAAAAGAAAUUUUGGCUUGAAUAGAUGCUUCUUCUUAUACCUUUUACCAGUGGUCUGAAGUAGAGUAACAGAGAAUAAGAAAUGAAUCUUAACUGUUGACUUAUUCUCAAAAUCGGUGAUGUGUAAGUGGAAUGGAAGAUUGUUUAUCUCUCUGACCCAGAAUCUUCUACCUGGGUUUUUCUUAAGAUUAAAUGGAAGAAGUGUAGGGUCUAGAAAGGUUGGAUUUAAUCAUUAACUUUUUAAAAAUUGAUGUGUGUUGGGGAGGAGGAGUGUCAAAGUAUCGAUCAUAUGAGUAGUUAGUGUCUCUCUGACUGCAGUCUGUCAGUUUGUGAAGACCUUACUUUGUAAGUAUUGGUAAAGGGAGGAAACUAACUGCUGAAAUGAAAGUUAUUCUUUAACUGAAAUUAAUUCCCUUGGCACACAUUUUCUUUAUUUAGGUGGCUUAAUGGGUCUGUGAAAAAUUAAAUACUUUAAUAAGAUUCGGUGUAAUGGAUUUGGUGCUUCCGUCACAGCUAACUUGACCGUAUUCCUUUAUCUUCACUCCGGCAUGAGGUUUUGGUUUUUGUUUUUGUAAAACCAUAAAAUAGGUGCAAUUAAAAAAAGGGUGUGUUUUAAAAAAAAAAAUCACUGAACUUUUAGAAAUCCCACAUCUAAAUCUCUAUCCCUGCCUUUUUAUAAGCUAAUGACUACAAAGGAAGAAAACUGAAAGAAAAAAAAAUGAGACAGAGUCUUACUUUUUUUCUAAACUA